AUGAUUACGUAUGAACCGACGAAGGUAGUAAAAGGGCGGGUGGUGGUAGAUUUUCUAGCAGCCCAUCCUGUGACGGACUAUAAAGCCAUCUUCGAUGAGUUUCCUGACAAACAAGUCAUGAUGACAGAAUUGCCAAACGUGUGGCAGAUGUUCUUUGAUGGAGCAGCUCCGGUGACAAGAGCAGGUGUCGGAGUAAUAUUCAUCACCCCCCAAGGCGAUUUGUUGCCUUACUCUUUCACGUUGGGUACCGUAUGUACAAAUAAUGAAGCCAAAUAUAAUGCCCUUAUCAUUGGGAUGGAAAUAACCAGUGAACUGAAGAUAAAAGCAUUGCGAAUUUAUGGGGAUUCUAAGCUGGUCAUAAAUCAAUUGACAAUUGAAUUUGAAAUAAGGAAACAAGAACUUCUGCCAUAUUGUCGAAGGGCACAACAUAUAUUGGAACAAUUUUUGAACGUUAAAAUCAAGCAUAUAUUGCGGUAUGAGAAUGCGAAGGCCAAUGCUUUGGCCAGUUUAACAAUAACAUUAUCUCUAAGUGGAUAG